AUGGAUGAGGGAGGAGUGAUGGAAUCAUGUAAGAAUUUUGGUGGAGGACAUAAAAUUAGAGGCUUUCGGAGAACUUCCCUAAAGAUUGCCAAAAAAGAAAACCGAGAUUGGUCCGGCUUUGGCACUUAUGCGGAUGACCUGCAUAGUGAUGGUCUACAUCUUAUUCUAAUUUUUGAUCCUGCUAUUCAAGCAGAUUAUGCGAGUUUUCAGAGAGGGAUAGAAAAGAAUGUGUCUUUUAUCGAAUGGGCUAAGCAGUCGCAGGUUCCAAAGAGCAUUCAAGAACAGUACCCUAUGGCUGCAAAAACUAUGAUCAUGCUUGGUAAUGUGUGGCCUGAUAGAAAUACAGCCUUUCCCGACUUUCUUGACCCCACGAACAAGACACUGCAGUGGUGGACCUCUGAAUGCCAAAUGUAUCAUGAUGUGGUUCCUUUCGAUGGAAUGUGGAUUGAUAUGAAUGAACCAUCCAACUUCGAUACAGACACGUAUCAAGAAAAUUAUUUAAGGACUGAUGGCAUAAAACCCCACCUUUCCUGUCCCAUAUCGGGAUCAGAUUCCGUGUUUGACAAUCCGCCCUAUAAGACUUAUGCACUUUGCUCGAAAACCCUCUGCAUGUUGGCAAAAACUGGUCGAAGAACUAUGAACUUUUACGACACGAAGAAUCUCUACGGCUUGUCGGAAGCAAUAGCGACUAGUCAGGCGCUACCGGCGACUACUGGAAAAAGAGGAGCGGUCAUUUCAAGGUCGACAUUCCCCUCGUCUGGUCACUAUGGCGGAGCUUGGUUAGGCGAUAAUACAGCGACAUGGAGUGAUCUUCAGACUUCUAUAUAUUCAGGAGCGAUGGAGUUUAAUUGGUUUGGAAUACCAUAUGUUGGAUCGGACAUAUGCGGUUUUAAUGGAAAUACCACGGAGGAAUUGUGUUUGAGAUGGCACCAAAUGGGCGCAUUUCAUUCAUUUUGUCGCGAUCAUAACACACAUGAUGGUAAUCCUCAAGACCCAGCUGUAUGGCCUUCUGUGGCUAAAGCUGCAAGGAUUGCGCUUGAAUUUCGAUACAAGUACCUACCCUAUCUCUACAGUUUACACUAUGCUGCAGCAGCUUAUGGUCAUACGGUCGUGCGACCGCUAUUUUUUGAAUUUCCCUUUGAUAAAGAAGCAAUGAAUGUGGACCAUCAGUUCAUUUGGGGUUCUGCAUUAAUGAUCGCCCCCGCUGUAGAGCAGGGAGUGACAUCCGUACGUGCAUACUUCCCUGACGCCACGUGGUACUCUUUAGUUACUGAAACCUAUGCAGCUUAUAUGGAUGUAGGUUACGUAGACGUUGAGGCUCGGCUUGAUUCGUUGACGCCCAUUUAUGUGCGAGGUAUGAAAUAUUAAUA